GUAUAAGUCAUUUUGACAUUUUGAAUAUAGAACGUAGUAAUUUCGUCCUCGUCCCAGUGAUUCCAACCAACCAUGGCCAAAAAAAGCAAAAAACCUCUCACGGACGAAGAAAAGUUCGAGCUAGAGCUUCAACAGGAAGCAGACUUACAACAUCAACAAAGAGACUACACUCUACUAUGCAAGGACCGAGAAACUAUCGAAGAGUCUGGAGGAUCCAAAUUAGCCAAACAACGCAAAGUUAUAGAUAUAUAUCAGAGAGAAUUAGCCAACUUAACGAACGAUCUAAAUGUUGCAAUUUCUGACGGUAAGAAAAAAAUCGACAAACAAGAUGCCCAUCAACUCGUAGAACUAUUGAACGAAUAUGAUAAGUUUUCGGAAUCUAUAAGAUUCAAGAAAGCACAUCUUAGUGAGAUUGAUUACCAGAUAACUAAGGUCGACAAGGAUGUAGCCUAUAUGCGAUCAAUACAGCUUACUGACAAAAUGUGGCAAGAUCGCACUUUGGCUGGUCAAAAAACUCUGGAAGCAUUAGAGAAUAAACUAGACGUACAGAUCAAAAAAUUCUGCACAAUUUGCGCCCAGAACAACAAACUACGAGAAGAAAUAGACCACUUAUUGAAGGAAAGGGCUGAUUUCAAUUUGAAAUGGGACAAACUGAUCAAAAACCUCUGCAUUGGUAAAAAGUUCAUGCUUGAUCUCAUCGAACAAGCCACAAUCGCAUAUGAUCAAAGGGAGGAAUGGUGUUCAAAACUUCAGGCCCUCAGGACCAAAGCUCACAGUGAUCUAAUUUCCCACAUCAAUGAAAUGAGAGAACUCCAAAGAAAAGAGGACAAUGACAAAAAGUUGGCCGAAUUCUUCAGCACUAAGGGACAAAAACGCGUAAUGGCUGCUAUGGAAGAGAAAGAACGUGCAAAAAGGAAGGAUAAACGUAAAAGAAUGGAGGAGAAACUGAGGCAUUAUACAAAUAUACUAGCAGACGUGUAUGAUUUCACCAACCAAAAUGAAAUAGAUGAGAUAAUGGAGUCUUUCAAAGAGAGAGAAACUGAAAACUUCGCCCUAUUCAAGUACAUCAACGAAUUGAACAGAGAAAUGGAAGAAUUGAAUGAUACUCUGGGAUACCUUCACCUGGACAUCGAUGAACAAAGGGUUUUAAUGCAGGUCAGAGCUGAUAAGCAACAAGAAACUCUACAACGACUCAGAGAAGAUCUGGAUGAAGCUACUCAACAAGCUGAUGCGGCAGACUUUGCUUUGGUAGACUGUGAUAAAAAAAUCGUCCAAUUAUGCAGUGGGGUCGAAGAUCUGUUCAAGCUCUGUAAAUGCGACAGAGAUCCCUUGUUACCAUUACUCGGGGAGAACCAGAAAGUGAACCAUUUCAAUGUUUUACUUUUCCUUCAAAUUUUGGAGCGACAUGUCCAAGACUACAUUUGCGAAGUUUACAACGCUGAGAAAAUUCUCACAGCUAAGAGGAAGAUCAGGCCUAAGCAUAAGCUCAUCAGAUCGGAGGGUGCCUUACGGCCUCUGUAUUCCAUCGAACAAAUUGUUCCUGCUAAUCCUUGUCCUUUGUGUGUAGAACAUGAACAGGUCAGUGAUGUUAUUGAUGUUCUUCAACGUAUAUUGACCAAGGAACAAACUGAAGUGAAGUUGGCGGCUAGGUUGGAACUUCCAGACGGAUUGGAAAGAAUUCAUAACGUUUCUGCUUGUCAUCUCCCGAAGUCUAGGCAGAUUAUUCAGAAGAGAUACCAAUAGGAAUCCUCAGAUAACACUAACCUAUAGCAAUUUGGAUAUAUUUAUAACAAAUCUUUAUAAAAUAUAUAUAUUUACAUUUUU